GCACCAAAUGGACCAUCAUCGCACAUGCCUAACGAAUCGGUGACACUCGAUCCCGCCGCCGUUACCUAUUCGGCUGGUACUUUCGAGUUCGUCCCCGUGAUUCGAGAUAUUCUUCGCACGCGCUAUUGCGUCCCUGGGUCCAUUUUCCUCGUUGAAGGUCUUGAACGAGCCUCGGUCUCGCGUUCUGGACGAUGGCAGGCUGUACGACUACUCCUCGGUGAUGGAGCCAUCUGCAUUCAGGCUCUUUUAGGGGCGAAUAUGCAUCGGUUUGUUCGGACGGGAGAGGUUGCUUUGGGAGCGUACAUUCAAUGCGAGGUUUUCCAUGCCAAGUGGCAGAAUAUCGAGGAUCGUACUAUGGUAACGCUUGUUGUCGAGGAUCUUGUCACUAUCGGAUGGAACGAAUCGUAUCGAGUUCUUGGGCAGGACCAGGAGCCCGUAACGCAGCCGUACCCAGCGACAUCUGAACAGCCACCUCAAGAGCCAAAGGACAUGCAACCAGAAAAGCCAAAAGCUACGGCCAAGCCUAGGCCACCACACACCGGGGAUUUUGGCUUUAACGAUGAUGAAGAAGCUGCCGAGGAAGCCUUUGAGCCCUUUGAGACUCUUGCGUACCCGACGAAGCCCAAGCCUCAGCAGAAGCCUCGGCAGCCCAUUGCUAUGCCCCGCGACUGGCAUGACCCCCAGACACCGUUGAAGCUCACGACGCUACGGUCCAUCCCGCAUCUCCCAUACAAGCAGAAUUGGUCUUGCAACGUGCUUGCCAUAGUAGCCUCGCUGUCGGACGUGGAGCCAUCCAACCUCCCUCCACACAGGCAGAGGACUGCGCGACUUGCCGACCCCUCCACAUCUAAACAAGUACAUCUGACGGUGUUCCUCGACCCUGAAGAGUUUAAUCCUCGCGUUGGAAGCGCGGUCCUACUUGUUGGAGUUAAGAACCACCGGUUUGAUGGAGGGAGCUUGAAGAAGUAUGAGAGCGAUCGCAAGAAUGGGCGGUGGUGGUUUGAGGACCCGUUGGAGCUGGGAUGGUGCGAUGUGGAGGGAAUCAAGACAUGGUGGUCUGAGGCGACCGAAGCUACAUAG